AUGGCGAGUGAAGAGAUGGAGAUCAGCACGGAUCUAGGCUUCCACACCCUUACCGAAGACAUUGAUAUCGAUGUCGAGUUUGCCGCACAACAAGAUGAGGAUCUUGAGCUUGGCGAUUUCAAUCACACCGAGGAUUUCCAGCAUUUCAACUCGGAUAAUCGGGAUGAGCUGAUGGCAGAAAAUGACGAUGCUUCCUAUGGCAUGAUUGAUGUCGACGAUAUGAGUUAUAACGAAACCGCGGCAGCCGCAAAUGACUAUGAGAUACCUAUCGGCGAUGCUGAUGUAUACUCCUGGCAAGAAGCCGACGUCAGUGGCAUUCAGGAGGACGAAAUAUUUGCCGAGGAGAUUCGCGACAACGAUGCUCUCGAAUUUCAGACGGGUGUCGAAACUAUCGCCACUGUUGUCGACAACGAUGGAAUUUCGACCCAGGCUCAACUUUCGACAUCCGAGACUGCACCCCAUGACGCGAUAUCUGGCGUAGAGCACUAUGAGGUCACCGAGGCAGUAGCCAAUGACGAGGCUGCAGCUGCAAUGGAUGCCGAUGCAGAUGGCAUUGCAGAGCAAGACUUUGAAGACACCGACGAGAGCACUGCGCCAGAGCAUACUGCUGAGGAGCCUGCUACUGGUCCUACCGUCGAGGUACUUGAAUCGAGAGCACAGUCUCCUCCAGUGAUUGAAUCGAAUGGCGAGUCUGGGGAUAAGCAAUCCGUCGGCAUUGAUAACAACACCGAGAUACUGCAAACAGAGGCAGCGCCAGAGCCACAAGCAGCAGAGGAUGAGCAGCAUCAUGAUAAUUCUGAGGAUGCUGAAGAGGAAAUUGGUUAUGGCCAUGACGAAGCAGACAGAAAUAUCCCGGAGGAGGGCCUAGAAGCCACCACGAAUCUUGAUCGUGUGUCGAGUGAACCCAAGGACACCCAGGUAUCCAGACCAGCGGAUGCCUACGAUGAAGCUCCUGGGGAUGAUGAUGACUAUCACACUGAUGAGAACCAGCUCGAAGACAAGUCGUAUGAUGACGCUGAAAAUCUGGAUGAUCAGGAAUCCAAGCUCGCGGGCACACACACUCCCUCGCCGCAGAACCCAGCUGACUCUCCAGUACCCCAUAAUGACGAGGAUGGAGUCGAAGCUGCCUCUGAGGGCAUAUCGCAAGAUAUGAAGGAGGUUGCUAGUCGCCAUACCAUGGUCGUGCGCUAUGGUGAGACUGAUUACCGGCUUUUUGCCAAUGAAACCGAUGAUGAUCCAAGUGAAUACUUCUUCAAGGACUUGUCAGCCUUAGAGUUGUCGCUAGGCGACUUCCUUUCAGAAAUCCGCAAUGUUAUCUCUGAAGAGGUUUCCCCUCUUGAUGAGCUCGUCUUGCAUGUUGACGGCCUUGGGCUCGAAUUUGGCGAGACCAUGGCCAGUCAAAUACUUGACGCACACACUUUUGGAAACAUCGUAUCGCUCUACGAUUCACUUGUGCAAAAUGAUGCCACCGAAGAAACGUUGGAUGCUCCUGAACUCUACAUGUAUCUUAUGGUAAGACCAAAUUGCUUGCAACGUCUCAUAGCACUGCAAUUCCAAGCAGCUUCUGGUAGGAGCUUGACCGAUGUGGCGGUGUAUCGGGAGGCGUCUCCUGAGCAAGAGCAAGAUGACACCCCCGAACAUUCCGAAAACCAUGCCACGACUCCUGAGUACGCCGAAGAAGAGCUCUACGACCACGACGAGCAGUCUGAAGAUGAUUCCUUUGCCCAGGACCAUGCAGGCACGCUAGAGACCGAACAGGAGACGGAGCAGGAGACGUAUAUAGCCGAGUCCGAAGAGACUCAGGCAUCGGCACAACAAGAGGAGGACCUAGAGGAGCCCAAAGAGGGCUCAGCAGACAAUGACGCCGAUGACGUGGUUGACUAUGACAACCUUGAUUUGUCACCGUCUCAACAGGGUAAUUCCCCCUUUUACUCGAGCCCGUCCAUUCCCAUGUAUUGCAUCGGCACUCUCGAUUGCCAAUGCGACACAUGUUGGCUCCAGCGAGUCGAGGACAUUUUUACCUUUUCCAGCACCAAUCGCCACGGGCAAACCAACUGUUUUAUACGGGUUGGUGGCACCCACAGCGCGAGCGCUGGAUUGCAAGAUGCAUUCAGUGGAGGCAACCACUCCGAAACCACAAUACAGUCUAUGCAAGUAAUGUCCGAGGCUAACAGUUGUCGCUAUCAAGAUGUUCCAAACAAUUCUACUAAUGAACCCAGUCUUGCCCCAGUGGAGGCAAGCUUGAACGCGCCAGAAGUUCUGACAGAAGUUGGCGAUGUUACUGAUGCCGCCACGGUCGAUCAAAACCGAGCACCCCCUUCGGAAAGCACUAGUGCUACUGCCACUCUCGACGGAAAUCUGAAUGAUGAAAUAGACUACGAUGAGAACGACUUGGAUGAUGGCAGAGGCGACGCCAACAACACGGAAUUGCCGUUACCACUCUCCCCGGCAAAGUUAAUGGUCCCCUUGGACGAGGAGAUCACGUGGGAAUCCGAAAAUGAAGACGCGCGAACCGAGCUGCCAGCUACUUCCAAUCCGUCUGAACAAGUGUCCACGACGCCUGGAAAGCGAACGCGUUCCGGAUCCGAUGCGGCCGCCAUCACAGAUGGUCGGAAAGAUGUCAAGCGUCAGCGAUCUUGA